AGGAAUUAAAAAAGAAAUUCGGACGGUUUCUACGAAAGUAUCGUGCUUCCAAGAAAGGGCUUCAUGGGAGGCAGAUGCGCAAGUCGGCCUCAAGAACGUUUCAACUCAAGUUUAGGAACAAUAUCUCUCUUCCAAUCUUCACUUUGACAGAAAUUGAAGGAAAGGACCCUUCUGCCUUAACUAUAGCUUUAGUUGAUGCUAUGACUGGGCAAGUUGUUAGCUCAGGUCCCGAAUCCUCGAUGAAGGUGGAAAUAGUAAUUCUUGAAGGAAAUUUUAAAGGCGAUGAAGACAACAACUGGACAUUUGAGCAUUUUAGAGAUAAUAUUGUAAGAGAAGGAAAAGACAAUCAGACACUUCUUACUGGGGAUGUGUUUCUGACUCUGAAUGAGGGAAUUGGUGUAGCAAGCAAGCUGAAAAUUACAGAUAAUUCAAGCAGGACAAAGAAACGUAAAUUCAGGUUAGCUGCAAGAGUUCCAGAUGGUUAUUUUAAUGAAAUGAGAGUGAAAGAAGCAAUCACUGAACCUUUCGCAGUCAAGGAGCGUCGUGGAAAAUCAUACAUGAAGAAGCAUCCCCCAUCAUUGGAUGAUAAAGUAUGGCGCUUGGAGAAAAUUGGUAAAGAGCUUAACAAUCGUCUAAAGAGUGAGAAAGUCUAUACUGUAAAGGACUUUCUGAUAAUGCUACAUACAGAUACUCCAAGGUUUCAAAAAGUCUUACGCCUUGGAAUGAAUGACAAGAGGUGGGAAGUUAUAAAGAACCAUGCAGAAGAAUGUAAUCCUGGUAGCGAAAUGUGUGUCUACUACUCCAAGGAUGAACCGGGAAAGGGAGUUGUCUUCAACAUUGUGGGAACAGUGAUAGGGUUCCUCCUAAAAGGGCAACUCAUUCCCAUCAACGAAUUUUCAGAAAUCCAAGAGGUGGAAAUGCAGCAGAUGAUCAAAGUUGCAUAUGAAAACUGGGGAGAAGUAGUCCCUUGUGUUGAUGGGGCCAUUCUUGGUAGUUCCUCAAACAUGGCCGUCGAUUCAUUCCCAUGUGGUUCUACGAGGCCGGAGAAUCCAACCAACAUUUGUUCAAGCUCUCAACAUUCUGGUGGACUGCCUUUACACCAACUGAACGUUUUAUCUCCCCCUGAGAUGACGAGCUCAGAUUAUAACAUUUUGUCCCAUAUUGAAGGCAUGGAACCUGUAAAGUAUUCUGAUCUUCUGAUCUACGAAGAUACCCGACAUCACAUUGACAUGGAUGCCAUUUUGUUCGAAGCAGAACAACUGAACAACACCAGCCACUUCUUCAACGUGUCGGUGCAGUCUGUAGCUGCCAAUGAUAAAGCUCAUCCAACAUGGAAGACGUUGAUAACUGUGGAAAUGCAGCAGAUGAUCAAAGUUGCAUAUGAAAACUGGGGAGAAGUAGUCCCUUGUGUUGAUGGGGCCAUUCUUGGUAGUUCCUCAAACAUGGCCGUCGAUUCAUUCCCAUGUGGUUCUACGAGGCCGGAGAAUCCAACCAACAUUUGUUCAAGCUCUCAACAUUCUGGUGGACUGCCUUUACACCAACUGAACGUUUUAUCUCCCCCUGAGAUGGCGAGCUCAGAUUAUAACAUUUUGUCCCAUAUUGAAGGCAUGGAACCUGUAAAGUAUUCUGAUCUUCUGAUCUACGAAGAUACCCGACAUCACAUUGACUUGGAUGCCAUUUUGUUGGAAGCAGAACAACUGAACAACACCAGCCACUUCUUCAACGUGUCGGUGCAGUCUGUAGCUGCCAAUGAUAAAGCUCAUCCAACAUGGAAGACGUUGAUAACUGUGCUGAAAUUCUCCAUCCUGAUUGGAGGACCCGAAUGCAUAAAAUGCUUAUAA